AUGCAAGCAACUGGUUUAAUCCCAGCACGGUUCUUGACGAUAAUAGCACAUUUGGUUCUGGUCAUUGUCAUCUUAUGGACUAGAGAUGAAAACAUCAAGAUGAGUCUUGCUGAAGAAUAUAGCCAAUCAGAGUUUGACCAGAAAAAUACAGAAUUCAUAGUGGCCUUGUCAAUCACACUGGGCCUGUUUGCUGUGGAACUUAUCGGCUUUGUGGGCGGAGUCACAAUGUUUAUGUCGUUCCAAGGCCUCUUGUCAACAGCGGCCCAUAGUGCAGCAGCCAUAGCUCUCUCAUACUUCCUGUUUGACCAGUGGCCCUGCGAAUGGUACUGGUAUAUUUUUGGAUUCUGUUCGGCUUUACCGGCCAUCACUGAAGCUGUUUAUAUCAUUGGGAUACUGUGUUUCCGGAAAGGAUUUUAA